AUGCAUCACAAGAAGGUUGCCUACGGCCUGCUGGCCGCCUUUGUAUCUCUGGCGUGUGCCCAGGAAUCCUCCGACGUUGUUCAACUGACGGAGAAGAAUUUUGACGAAUUCAUCAACGCCAAUCCAUUGGUCCUUGCAGAGUUCUACGCUCCUUGGUGCGGACACUGCAAGGCUCUCGCCAAAGAGUAUGAGGAGUCCGCUACCGAGCUCAAGGAAAAGAACAUCAAGCUCAUCAAGGUUGACUGCACCGAAGAGACCAGCCUUUGCUCGAAAUACCAGGUCGAGGGCUACCCCACCCUCAAGAUCUUCCGUGGCCUCGACAACAUCUCUCCCUACAACGGCCAGCGCAAGGCUUCCGCCAUCACCUCGUACAUGAUCAAGCAGUCCCUGCCCGCCGUUUCCUCCCUGACCAAGGACACCCUCGCGGAAUUCAAGACUGCCGACAAGGUUGUCCUCAUCGGCUACAUUGCUGCCGAUGACAAGGCCUCCAGCGAGACCUUCACCUCGGUCGCUGAGAAGCUUCGUGACAACUACCUGUUCGGUAGCGUCAGCGAUGCCGCAGUAGCCGAGGCCGAGGGCGUCAAGCUCCCCUCCAUUGUCCUCUACAAGUCCUUUGACGAGGGCAAAAACACCUUCACCGGCAAGUUCGAUGCCGAGGAGAUUGAGCAGUUCACCAAGACUGCCGCCACUCCCCUCAUCGGCGAGAUUGGUCCCGAAACCUACGCCGACUACAUGUCUGCUGGUAUUCCUCUGGCCUACAUCUUUGCCGAGACCGAGGAGGAGCGUGACAGCCUGAGCAAGAGCCUCAAACCCGUGGCCGAAAAGUACAAGGGCAAGAUCAACUUCGCCACCAUUGACGCCAAGGCCUUUGGCGCUCACGCCGGAAACCUCAACCUCAAGACUGACAAGUUCCCCGCCUUUGCCAUUCACGAGACUGCCAAGAACAAGAAGUUCCCCUUUGACCAGGACAGCAAGAUUACCGCCGACGCCAUUGCCAAGUUUGCUGACGACUUCGCCUCGGGCAAGAUUGAACCCAGCGUCAAGUCUGAGCCCGUCCCUGAGAAGCAGGAUGGCCCCGUCACCGUUGUCGUCGCCAAGAACUACGAGGAAAUCGUCAUGGAUGAAGACAAGGACGUCCUGAUUGAGUUCUACGCCCCCUGGUGUGGUCACUGCAAGGCCUUGGCUUCCAAGUAUGAACAGCUUGGCGAGGCCUAUGCCAAGAGCGAGUUCAGCGGCAAGGUUGUCAUCGCCAAGGUCGACGCCACUGCCAACGAUGUCCCUGACGACAUCUCUGGCUUCCCCACCAUCAAGCUCUUCCCCGCUGGUGCCAAGGGCUCUCCCGUUACCUACAGCGGUUCCCGAACCAUUCAAGACCUCGUUCAGUUUGUCAAGGAGAAUGGCAAGUACAAGGCUGCCGUCUCUGUCAAGGAGGAGGCUACUGAGGAAGCCGCCCCUCCUGCCGGGGCUAAGGAGGGAGAUGCUGACGAGGAGGCUCACGACGAGCUGUAA